GCCGCGAAUUCAACGAUGGCGGCGUGUCUCCGGUUUACAAAGCGCGUCUGGCAAUCUUUCAUCGAGACCAAGGGCCACGACGUGCAAUGCUUCCCGAAUCUCGCCAUCAACCGCGCCAGACCAGGCAAGGUCGAGUGUUCUCUAAAGAUCGAGCCCUAUAACGUCAACCGCGUUGGUACGGUCCACGGCGGCCUCCUCCUCUCGCUGACGGACACGGUCGGCUCGCUCGCGGUCGCGACGCACGGCAAGUACAUGACGGGCGUGUCGACGGAUAUCGGGACGACGUUCGUCAAGCCCGCGGGGAAGCCCGGGGACGUGCUCAGCGCGGUGGGCGUGCUGACUGGGAUGGGGAAGUCGUUGGCGUUUACGAGGGUGGAGUUUUUUAAUGCGAAGGGAGAUUUGGUCGCGUAUGGGCACCAUACGAAGUAUGUGGGCAGGUCGCAUACACAUGAUAAGAACGUCACGUUCACGGAAGACGGCGAGAGUGUGGUCGAGGGACAAGAUAUAGAUUAACUGUCAGCCGGGGACAAGUAGAAUGUGCUCAUACAUGUGCAACGCAAUAUAUAGAUGAUAACGGUAUAUCCACAGCAUACAUAUUCUCCAAUAUAACCCGUACGACCAUUACAAUUCUUUCACCUUCUCCGCAAACCUCUCCACCAACGCCGUAUGGCUCUCCCGCAUCUUCCCCUCCACGAACCACCUCACGACCCACGGGCACGUCACCUCCGCCCUCUCCAGCAACACCAGCCCCUCCUGCCGCUC